UUCCUGAUUUUCCAGCGCCGUCAAUCCAGUGUAUAUUUUCCAGCGCUAGACAAGUUGAUUUUUCGUCUGUUCGUGCAUCAUCUUAAUUUUGUUAUAAUUUUUGCAAUAGUAAUAUUUUCCAGUUUCGGGUUUUUCGGGAGUCAACUUUCGGCGUUUUCGAAGCAUUUCGAAAGCGAGCGCGCGCGCGAUUUACGGCGACUUGGCGACUUGGCGACUUGGCGACUGGUGAGGUGGUGCGAGACAAGUUCGGGGCGUCGUCUUCGUCGCGGAAAAAAAGUGAGUGAGAAUUUUCUCGAGGGUGUAAGGGUCCUGUGCGAAAAAAAGAAGAAGGGAGAAGCGCCUAGUGUUUUCCAUCAAAGGUGUGAAUUUUCGGUUGAGUUUUGAGUUUUCGAGCAAAGAAAAAAACGGGGAAAAGUCGGGUUUGACUGGAUCCUAAGUUCUUCGCGUCACCGGGCUCUUAAAUCACCACCACCCAUAAUUACCCCCUAACUUUAUCCGGUUUUGCGAAUCGACCGCCAGAGCGUGCUAGCGUCGCGCAUACAUCCAGGCGUACAAGGCAGUACAAGAAUCGAGCCCCAACUCCACCUUUCUACCAGUUCUUCUACUUCUUCUUCGGACGUGAGUCGUGUUCGUCGUCUUCUUCACCAAAAAAAUAGGAAAAAUCGAAAGGGAUCCCAGAAACUCCCGAUAUCGAAAACCGCCGACAGGAAUAUAUUACAAAACAAAAGUAUAGCAAAAGUUAUAAAAUUUAAGCAAAGUUAAGCGAAAACACCAACUAAAUCUUAGAGCAAAGAUCGCGCGGCCGGAAGAUUUUCCACACUCUCUUCGAACGGGAACGCGCCCCACCCCUGUCACACCGGAAGCAGCAGGCUCGGGAGCCAGCUCGGAAAAUUUUAGAGAAGCAAAAAAAAACGGGCGAACAACGCAGAGAAUAAGAGGAAAACGGGAUCAUAGGUGAUAAGGAAAUUUUACAUCUUGUAAUCUUUUGGAUGCACUUUCAUGAAUAUAAUAAGCUACUAGGGAAGACAACAGCAACAACAACAACAUAAGACAAACAAACGAGGAAACAUUUUUGAUAUUCGGAUUUGGAUCUCUUUCCUUGGCAAACAACGCGAGAUAUAUACAAGAGAAAUAAGAAAAUUCAAGAAAACAAUAUACAAUAUUUAUAGCGAAAAAACAACCGAGAUAAGAAAAGGAUCAAUUGCUUCCUAUUUACAAUAUAAAGAAAAAAAAACAACCAAACUUAGCAAAUAAAUUAGCGAAAAACAAAAGUGACAACAACAACAGUAAAGAAGGAAACCCACAAGAGUCGAGGACGCAUUCCAGCGAGUUGCGAGCAAACACGACAGUCACCAGAACUUCUCCCAGGUCCUGCCGCUGGCCGAUCUCUCUUCGCGUUACCAAAAAAAAAAACACCCAACCAACCCCACCAUCAAAGAGAUUUUUGAAAAACGAAUUAAAAAAAAAAGCGCAAAAUUUUACCCCCCAACUCAAAGCCAUUUGAGCACGCCAUUCGUGUGACCUGCAAAGCAAAGUCGAGCAAAACUCAAGAGUCAGAUCUACGACAAUCAACACGAGACAAAGACGACAACCUGCGCCGCCGCCUCCCCCCUCGGAAACCAGGAGUGAAAUUUUGUGAAAUCACCUCAGCGCCCCCGCAACUAGCAGAGCACUCCAGAGUGUGCGUUUUCCAAGAGAAUUUAUAGCGCAAGCAAAUCCCCCUGCGAGACACCACACCAGUUCGGAAGAACAAAACUAGCUAGAGACAGAGCAAAGACACCGUGCAUAGCACAACAGUCGAAUAAGAAAAAAAAACAAAAAAUAAAACCAGUUGAUAGUGAUUUAAUCGUUAGCGAAAAAAAAAGAAUAAACUACUAGUCCUAGUACUAAACCUACUGACUACUGAUAGCAAAAGCAGCAAGCUAAUUCCAUCCAACAAAAAACUUCACACUUAAUUAGAAAAAAAAAACAAAAACAACACAACAGAAAAAAAGAUGGCCAACGGACUCGAAACGGUGCAGCAGAACGGCCGGUCCGGCUCGAUUGGCAGCGGCGGCCAGGAGGACAGCAAGACGAACCUGAUCGUCAACUAUCUGCCCCAGACGAUGACCCAGGAGGAGGUCAAGUCGCUGUUCUCCAGCAUCGGCGACGUCGAGAGCUGCAAGCUCAUUAGGGAUAAGGUGACCGCAGGACAAAGUCUCGGUUACGGCUUCGUCAACUACCACCGUCCAGAGGACGCAGAAAAAGCAAUAAAUACUUUUAACGGGCUGCGGCUCCAGAACAAGACGAUCAAGGUGUCGUUCGCGCGACCCAGCUCCGAUGCCAUCAAGGGCGCCAACCUGUACGUUUCGGGCCUGUCCAAGAGCAUGACCCAGCAGGACCUGGAGGCGCUGUUCCAGCCGUACGGCCAGAUCAUCACGUCGCGCAUCCUGUGCGACAACAUCACCGGCCUGUCCAAGGGCGUCGGCUUCAUCCGGUUCGACCAGCGCUCGGAGGCCGAACGGGCCAUCCAGCAGCUUAACGGGACGACGCCGAAGGGCGCUUCGGAGCCGAUCACGGUCAAGUUCGCCAACAACCCGAGCAAUAACAUCAACAAGGCGAUCCCGCCGCUGGCGGCGUACCUGACGCCGACGCCGAACCUGCGGCGCUUCCCACCGGGGCCGAUCCAUCCGCUGGGCGGACGGUUUAGCCUUCCCUCUAAUUUCAGCCGUUACUCGCCGCUGACCGGUGACCUCGGAACGUCGGUCCUGUCCGCCAACGCGAUCAACGGAUCUGGCUGGUGCAUCUUCGUGUACAACCUGGCCCCGGAAACCGAGGAGAACGUGCUGUGGCAGCUGUUUGGCCCGUUCGGUGCCGUCCAGAGCGUCAAGGUGAUCAAGGACCUGCAGACGAACAAGUGCAAGGGCUUCGGCUUCGUCACGAUGACCAACUACGACGAGGCGGUCGUGGCGGUGCAGUCCCUGAACGGGUACACCCUCGGCAACCGGGUGCUCCAGGUCAGCUUCAAGACGAACAACACCAAGUCGAAAACCAAUUAAAAAUGGGAAAAAUUUUAAGUUUUAUAAACUGCGUGUGUAAUCUCUUCCCGUUUGAACGACCGACGUAAAACCGCGAACCGUGAAUGAACCCCACCACACCACACCCAGCUCUCCCCUAUUCCACAAAAAAACACAUACAAACACAACACCUGUUCCUUAUUCAAAAAGCAAAGCAAGAAACAAUUCCUAGAAGCAACCAACGAGAAGACACGAAGAGUAUGGAAGAGUUCUAGAUUAAAUUUUCAAAACAACCUAUCCCUCAUGGGUUUCCUAUGCAGAUAGGACCUUUUGAAAAUUUAAUCUAGAGUUUAUCGACAGAGAAAAAAAUCACCUUGGUUGAGCAUUAAGAAAAAAACACCCGACGAUCCCGACCGAACGGAAAUAUCAGUCUUGAAUGGCAACACUGCACACGUACCGCGCAGAUAGACGUUAUAUCAAGUGAAUCAAUGGGAUAUUAUAAUAAAAGAAAAAUGUAUUAAAGAAAAUAUACGAAGACGAAGUAAAAAAAACAACAGAAAGGUGCAAUAAUAUUUCAAAAAUAUUGUAAAUAGAAGCAAAACACAAACACAUAAUUUGAUAUUUCCUAAACUAGCGAAAGAAAAAAAAGUCAAACAAAAAAAUCAGCAGAUAUCUCUAUAGCUCGAGAGUCGACUCUUAACUGGUACAGCAGCAAACAACAUAGCAAAAAGAAAGAAAAAAAUCAUUUAAAACGACAGCUCUUAAGAAAUUAAUUGUUAUUAGCUCCCGCCCUAGCGCGCGAUGGUUGCGCGCAGCGCACGACCGGCACCACUGACUUUCCAAAACAAAACAAAACGCGCGCGCGCUCACCCGGUUUUGACACUUCACCUCAACGACGCGCGCGCGCGCACACUCAAAGCGGCCACCACUCGAACCGUCGACCCCAGGUCAACCCCUUUAAAGAAAAUUAGCGAAUUUUACGGAACGCUCAAUGUUUACUUACAAAAAGAAGAAAAACUCCUAAUAAAACAAAUAUAAAUGUGCAAUAAUGUAUUAGAAUGGUACUCUAUAUUAAAUAAAUAUUAGCCAAAUUGAGAGAGACAAACGAAAACAAAACAAAAACGUACGCGACGCGACAAACCGACCCGACCUGGGCACGUUCGAGUUUGGGUGGCCAAACCACGUGGGUGUUGUUUUGACAUUUGGGCAUCCAAGAUGGCGCCGGCGCGCAAUCGCAGCAGGCCAACCCGUUGCCGCGCAGCAGCGCGGAAGCUGAAUGAUCUCGUAACCUUAAAAUUGAUGCUAAUCUAAAUGAAAUGAAAUGAAAAACCUAUUUAUUUAUAUAUAUACUAAUUUAUUCUUAAAUGUUUCAAUACGGCAUGAAGCGAAAAACUGACAGAACCGGAACGGGAUGAAGAAGAAUCAUAAACAACGCGUAACUUGUAAGAGAAGGAAAAGAAAAGAAAGGACAGUGUAAUAAGUUCAUUCAAUUAAUCUUAUAAUUAAACGUAUAUUUAUUAACAAUAAUUUAUUUAAUCGAUAUAUACACACACUUAACGCAAAUACGGUAACAUAAAUGCUAAUUAUCUAUGGAUUCUUGAAUUUAAAGCAAACAAAAAACAACUCACACAAACCUAACCAGCAAACAAUUUUGAGUAUUCUCUAUUAUUAAUCACAUCGCGAGCGCACGUUUGUGCGCGAGCCGCGCAGCCGUAUAAUCUUACUUCUUUAACUCUGUGUACUUUUUAAUCAAACUCUAUCGCAAACGAAAGAAAAAAUCACACAAGCAUACAUGUAAUUGUUCCUCUUUUUCCUCAAAAAAAACAAAACCAAAACAAACGCGCGCGUGUGACGUUUGUGCACGCACGCACCAAAAAGGUGGGAAUCCAAAAUGGCCGACCGACGACGAAUUUAAUUUCUUGUUCGGUUUGACAGCGCACACACAUUCCGGGAGCGCGCUUUGUUUUGAAACUCUGACGCAAACAAAACAAAACAUAACCGAAACAAAAUGGAAAAUGUACCGUACUGCAGAUUGAUUUAGUGUUAUGGUUUUAGUGGUUAAGCAAAACUAAACUUUUUCGUGCUCUCGUACUUGUUUGAAACGGAUGGAAGAAACUUAAGCGAAUUUGACGUCUACAAAAAUAUUUAAGCAAAAAAAAAGAAACUAAAAAAAAUGUUGGUAGUGAAAUUUUACUUCUGUGGGUUUUUUCUCUCCUCUUAUAUCAAUGUUUAUAUUCGUGAUUAAUUUCUUAAACUAAAUUUAUAUUAGUGGAACUAAGUUUAAGGGAAAUAAAAACAAAACAAAAAAAAAGCAUACAGAACGCUGACAUUACCAUAAACCAAAACAAAACAAAAAGAUCUCGUUGCGCUUAAGAACAACAAAAUCGGGCAUGAAAAGAAAGAAGAAGGUGACGGAAAUCAAGAGAAACGCACAGAAGGGGGCAGCAGCAGCAGAUGGAAACAACUCAUUGUUUACAAAAUUCCUGUUUUUGGGUCCUAGUCUUGCUUCAGUAAAGGCAACUCAGUUUAGAACUUGUCACCGCAAGGGCAUAAGUAAAGUAAAGUAAAAACACUAAAUUAAAGUAUUAGCGAACGAAAGCAAACGCACUACGCGCUAAAUUUACGCGGAUUUUUAUUCGAUAAACAAAAAUAUUUUCUCCAUUUUAGUCGAAAUUUUAUUGAUUAGAUAUAUAUUCAUAUAAUUAUUCAAAGGAAAAUGUAUGUGUUAAGGCAACAAAAAAAAAACAACUAAAUAAAACUAAUUUAUCAAUGCAUUUAUGUCAUUAUAAUUAUUGCACAAGCAAGGCGGCGACGGAGUCCAGUAGAAGAAUCAGUAUCAGUGUACUUGCCGUUUGACAGCUACCCGUUUGUUUACCUUUUUGGCUACCACCACCACACUCUCUCUCUCCCCCCCACUCAACUCAAUGUUCCGCGAGAGAACAAUCGCAAAUGCGCGUUGCAUGACGUCAUACAAUCAACAAUCACGGUUCCACUGGUGGUGUGACGGAGAGGUGACGUGCGGUGUUCCCACCCCUGUUUUGACAACCUUGGCGUCACACCCACGCACAGUUCAUCCGCCUACUUUUGAAUCGAAUCAAUUUUACGCGUUUUUAUAACAAAACAACACAAAUUCACACGUCAAAAAAAAAUGGCAAGGUAGUUAAACAAAGGUGUAACCACGCGCAAACGUAAACAAAGAGGUGACGGUUCGUUCGGUAUGAUCACGUUCGGUGUAUGUGUAAUUAUUUCAAUAUAUAUAUAGCCUCCUGUUCGGGCAAUGCAAACAAGAUAAUUUAACCUUUCUUUUCUAACUUAUCGUACGCACACAACCACACUCAACACACAAAAGAAAAUGAAAACAAUGCGACACAAUCCCGGCAAAACAAACCACACACAAACACAGACUCACGCUAAAGGCAAGCAAAACAACAAGACGAGCGAGCUCGUCAUUAGUAUUGAUAUUGAAUUUUAUGUAUUCGAAAAGGCAAGAAAAAAAAUAAACAAAUUUAUGAAAAUUAUAAAAUACAUGUUAUAUUUGCAUAUUAUUAUAAAACUAUUCUAUUAUCAUUCAUAAACAAAAAGAAAACAAGAGAAAGAGAGACACACAAAUACAGCAAACAAAACACACGAACACGCCAAGAGCGGUACACCGAAAGGUUGGAACGAACCAUUCCAUCGCAGACUUUUUCCACAGACACUCUCAUUUCCCGCUCCGAAACAAUAGAGAAAACCCCCCUUUUUGCUAUAAUCAAACUUGUUCCAUUUACAGGAAAACAAAAAUUUACCCACAACGCGCGUAACGCAAAAGUAACUGUUAUUUUUACCCUAGAAAAACAAGAAAACAAAAUUCGCGAAGAAUCCAAACGAAGAAUGGUAAAGUAAUAAUCCCGAUCAGCAAAAAAAAACAGCAACAACAACAAAAAAAAGUUGGUAAACAAUGAGACUGGAUGUAAAAGUUUUUAAAACUCAGUGUAAGCAAAGCAAAUUUGUAUUCAACAGAGGAAGAAAAGCGGUGCGGAAAAGAAAGGUUAAGUCCCAUGUGAGCAAAAAAAAAGACGAGAGUAAAACACAAACACACACAAUACGUAGAAACUUCCAAAGGUAAACAAAAAUAAAUAGAAGACAAAAAAAAACAUAAUCUAGCAAAACAAAAGGGGGAGCGAAAAACGUUCGAGAGCACACAGUUGCGCGCGCAAGUUGGGAGCAAGCAAGCCGAAACGUCAACGAAUACAACGAGCAAAACAAAACAUUUAAGAAAAACAAAAACAAAACAAGCAUAGUGUUUAAAACUGUCAUUUACACUUCAGUCCAUUGCGUGCGGCGCAUGUCUGAGAUUGAGAGAGAACAAAAAAUAACAUAAACAAAGAGAAACACCAAGAUGACGCUAUUAAAAGGCACCCCCAAGCAAACAAAACAAAAACAACAACAAAAAGAGCAUUCCAGACAUUCCAAAACACGUGUUUUCGGUUCCUGCCAAUCCAAGAUGGCGCUAGGUUUUUACGCAUUCCACAAAACAUUCCAAGCCGAGCUGUUCUCCACCCACCAGGACACCUACAUUUUGACACUUCGACUAGGGUGACACAAUUCGAGCGCGACAGCGAACCAAAAAGCAAAAAACAACAGUAAUCAAUACAAAACUAAUCUCCAUCCAUGUUAGCUGACAGCAGAUGACAUUUAGUAAACAAAAAAAAAACAAUAGGGAAAGCAUAGCAAAGCCGAUAACCUUCAGACGCGAACCGUUUGUUGACCAUUCCAACAAAAACAAAAACAAACAAGAUGGCGGCGUCGGCUUCCGGCGGACUGACAGAUGCGCACUCCGGGAAACGGGCACUCGCUCUGAAAAAUAUACGCUUAUUUAGAUCCGAACUAAACAAACAAACUAACUAAAUCAACGCCCCCCCAGCAGCAGUGUGUUUGAGGAAAGGUACCCUUAAUACUCUUAGGAAAUGAGACCCGUUUUACGCCCACGGUGCGCGCGUCAAAUCCGGCGAAAGCCGAAACGUCACAGCGGAACACACACACAAAAACACAAUAACACUCUCACACUCACAUACACACAUGCAAUAUACUGCAGAGCGAGAGAAAGGGAGAGAAUAAAACGUAGAACGAACAGAAAAUUCUCACUUAAAAAAUAGCAAGUGUCAGAAAAAAAAAACAAAACAAAAAACUAUAAUUGUUUCCGUACUCUUUGAAAUACAAACAAAUCUAUAUUAAUGGCAAUUGUAUAGAGAAAAAUUGAAAUUUUAUAACAGAAAUAAACCAUGUGAAACCGCAUGUAUCAACUUUUUUUUUUAUUUUUACUAAUUCAAUGGACGGAGGAAAAAAAGAACAAACAAAACCAUUCGAACGGACAACAGUCAGACAGCAGCAAGAAAUAUGUAAAACUUAAUAAUUAACAAAAAAA